AUGGAAUUAAAAAAUAAAUUAAAUAAAUUUCUUCAAGAUUUUGAAAAACUAGGUAAUUUUGAACAUGGUUUAGUUAAUACCCUUGUGGUUACCGAUGCAAAGCCUGGUUUCAUCACAGUUUCCUACACCAUCAAAAAAAACUCUUGCAACCAUAGACAUACACUUCAUGGAGGAUGUGCUGCUGGUUUUGCUGAUAUAUUAUUCUAUAUUACUUGGGCCUCUACUAUAGAUUUAAAAGAAAAGAUUGUCAAUUUACCUACCACUGUUAAUAUGAGUUUAAACUAUGUUUCCUCUAUUAAACUAGGUGAAAAAAUGAUAAUAUAUUCGAAGGUUCAAAGAAAAACCAAUAGUCUUUUAUUUUUAAAAAUGAAAAUGGUUUCUGAAAAAGAUAACAAAUUACUUAACUCUGCAAAUGCAGUUUUUAAAAUGUUACCAGCAAGGAACAAUAAUAAUAAUAAUAAUAAUAAUAAUAAUAAUAAUAAUAAUAAUAAUAAUAACAAUAUUAACAGUAAUAAUAAUAAUAAAAAUAAAAAUAUUAAUAUUAAUAACGUCAAUAGUUUAAUCCCCAAUAGCAAACUUUAA